AUGCGUUGUCUUUCACCUGGAGCUAUGAGCUCUGAGGCACCUGCCAAUAUAGCCAUCAAUAUUGGAAAUGUCAACUUGGGCCCCAGAGCCACGGCCAUUCUUGGCAUGGACAGCAUCUGUUCAGACUCCAAGGCCCAGGAAAAGACUAUCAAGCAAUGCAAAGAUGCCCUAUUUGUUUCCGAGCCCAGCUCAGUUCGGGCUGAGCUUCUCAACAUCAAAGGGAACCUGACAGAAGGUACAUGCCAGUGGAUUCGACGGAAUCUGGAAGGGCUGCUUGACUCAGACAACGAAUUCUUCCAUGGCAAAGAGGGCAUGCUUAUCCGGUCGAGGUGGUGGGAUGCCUAUGGUGAGCCAGUUCCCAGUAACUUCAAAAAGGCUGGAAACCUUUACCCUCUUGCACAUACGGUUUUGGCGAGAUGCCAAGUCGAUGCCACUGAUUUCAACGGCUGGACUCCCAUGUGGUCCUCGGCGGGACCUGGCACAGUAUCGGCCAUGAAGCAGGCCGCUGCUAUCCUGCAGAAGAACAACGUCAAGGUUGAGAAAGUCUCGCUUCCACCAGAAGUCGCCGGUGUCGAGGCCCUUGGUCGAAUCCAGAGAGCCAUCACCCAUGUUGAAGCAUAG